CUAGAAGUCCGCUGAAUGAACCACAGAUUAUCAUGCUGUACGACGUCUGACAGGGUUCGUUCAGAUUUCUUUAACUUGAGUUUCUCCAGCGCGAAGACUGCCUUCCUUGAGGUAUUUAACACGUCAGUCGCUGUUAUUAUAAACUUUGCUUGGAGCUGUGUCAUGGCUGAGGAAAAAAGAGUGGGGCUUCAUUGGUUCCGAAAAAAUCUUCGGCUUCAUGACAAUCCUGCAUUAUGUGAGGCAAUAAAAGGAAGUAGUGACCUUUUGGCAGUGUAUAUCCUUCCACCUUUCAUUCCUGAUGGAAACAUCUCGGCAAAUCGGUGGAAUUUCUUGAUUGAAUGCUUAGAGGACCUGGACAAUGGUUUGAGAAGCCUCGGAUCUCAGCUACUUGUUGUGCAAGGGUAUCCAGCCCAAGUUAUUCCUAAACUGCUGCAGAAUUUACAGAUUAACAAGUUAACUUUUGAAACUGAAAGUGAGCCAUUUGGGAAACAGCGAGAUGCUGUUAUUACUCACUUAGCUGAAAGUGCUGGCGUGAAGGUUGUUUCAUGUACCUCUCACUCCUUGUAUGACAUUGAGCAAGUUAUCAAGGCAAAUGACAACAAAGCUCCAGUAUUUUUUGGUGACUUCCUUGAUGUUAUUUCUACCAUUGGUCCACCAGAACCACCAGUAGAAUCAGUGAAUAAACACAUGGUUUCAUCCCUGGUACAUGGCGGAGACAGUUUCAAGGACUUCAAUAUACCAUUAGUUGAAGAUCUUGGAAUUGAAAAAUCCAAGGUGACAUGCAGAGGGACAUGGCAUGGGGGAGAGACUGAGGCAUUGAAAAAACUUGAUGCAGUUUUUCAAGAGAUGGUUGACUGUGGUUUUCAAAUCAAGUCUGCCCAUGAUGCAUUUUUCCACAGCUUCCAAGACAAGUUGAGUCCUUUCCUCAGAUUUGGUUGCCUCUCCCCACGGACAGUUUACCAUGCACUGUCAGAAGUGUAUCAAAACGCUAAACAUUGUGCGCCUCCUUUGUCACUUUUUGAUUCACUGCUUUGGAGAGACUUCUAUUUCACGAUUGGUAGCAAAAAUCCCACUUUGCACCAAAUGAUGAAUAACCCGCUGUGCUUAGAAAUCGAGUGGGAAGACAAUGCCUUUGCUGUGGAACAGUGGAAAAAGGGUGCUACAGGUUUCCCUUUUAUUGAUGCCAUAAUGCGGCAGCUGCAUCAGGAAGGUUGGAUUUCUGAUUUUGCACGACAAAUUGUGGGUUCUUUUCUCACAAGAGGAUGCCUGUGGAUCUGUUGGGAGGAAGGAUUUAAGGUUUUUGACGAGCUUCAGUUGGAUGCAGAGUGGAGUCUGAAUGUAGGCAACUGGCUGUGGCUGUCGGGAAGCACUUUUGUGAAAGAGCAUGUACCUUGGUUCUGUCCAGUGGAGGUUGGAAGAAAGGUUGAUCCCACUGGUGAAUAUGUGAGGAAAUAUGUUCCUGAACUGAAGAGAUUACCUCUAAAGUAUUUGUUUGAACCAUGGAGAGCACCUUUGAAAGUGCAAAAAGCUGCACGGUGCAUUGUGGGUGACGAUUAUCCUGAACCUGUGGCUAAUCACACUGAACAGCGGGAAAUCUGUGUUCGGCGCUUGAAAGAUCUCUGCAUCUCUUUGGAUAUUUUUGGUCAUAGGAGCCUUCAUUGGUUCAGAAAGGACCUGAGACUUCACGACAAUCCCAGCCUGCGUGAAUGUCUCGCAGACAGCAAGGUGUUUUACGGAGUGUACUUCUUGGAGUGUUCUGCUGAAGAUAAGAUGACUGUCAGCCCAAACCGCUGGCAUUUCCUGCUUCAGUCACUUCAAGACCUCGACAGGGGUCUUGCUCAGUGUGGUUCACGUCUUUUUGUGCUGAAGGGAAGACCUAUGGACAUGCUGCCUUCACUUUUUAAAGAGUGGGGCAUCACUCGGCUGUCGUUCGAGGUUGAUUGUGAGCCAUUUAGGAAGAGCAGGGAUGCGGUCAUCACUGGUCUUGCUAAACAAAGUGGAGUUGAAGUGAUCAGCCGUGUUUCACACACUCUUUAUGAUGCUGAAGUGCUGUUGAUGUCAACUGAGGGAAGAGCACCACAAGUGUUUGAUGAGUUUAUGGAGGUUGCAUUGCAGCUAGGAAGGCCACAGAUGCCGGCACCAAGGGUCAAUAGACAGCUGUUUGGCUCCUGUUUGACUCCUGUAGCGAGAGACCAUAACCAACAAUACGGAGUACCUACCGUGGAGGAGAUAGGCUUCCAAAAACCAGCUGCUACCAGCUCUUGGUUUUACCCAGGUGGAGAGCAGGAGGCUUUAACGAGAAUGGAAGCAGCUUUGCAAAAGGUAUGACUCCUUUUGCUAUGCAUAUCCCUGUAGUUUGUAAUUUAGGUGCAGUACUCCUUGCACAGCCUUGCAUGCAUUUGACAUUCUUUUCUUUUGAGAAGUGUGCCCAACGGAGUUCAGAACAAUCUCUGUUUUGCAAAGGGAGGAAAUAACGUGUAAGACAAACAACAAGGAAAAAAAAUAAGUGUUACUCCCUCUUGUUUUAGUCAUUAUGAAAAAGCUUCUAAUAAGGGAUGUUGUACCUGUAGGAAUUGUCUGUACGUCACGUAUUAUACGGUAACUGCAAAAAUUCUCGCGUGCUAAUUGGAGCUAAUUGGAGCUAAUUGGCGAAUUUUCAAUGUCAAUAAGCGGACAGACGAUAACGAUGUUGUUAUAGUAAAAACCAAAUUGACUUCAAUUUUUCAUGCGUCUGUCCU